AUGAAAACUAACACCCCUCGGGAUAUGCUCGCUCCCGGGGGUGUGAUCAAGGCCACGCCUAGUGUCAAGAAACCCGAAGUAAUACGGGACGCAACAACAUUCCCCGAUACGCCUAUGGACGAUGCCACGUCUCACGAUGGCAAUGAAGAUGCCGAGAAGACCCAAACCAAAAAUGGAAAUGCCGAGCACAACACGUCGAGGCGAGGCCAUGACUCGGCCGAGAAGAAUGGCACGAAACCAAAGUCUAUGGCGGAUAUGGUCUGGGAGGCUCCGAAACUAGACGGCCCACAAGUCUUCAAACCGGAGAGCAUUCAAAAGAUUGGUUACGCAACCACAUCCAUUGGAGUCCCGGCUAUCUACUUCUCCGGGGCAGAAAUACAAAAGCUUGCGACAUCCCUUGGGCAUGCCAUUGUCGGUAAGUUUUCACAUUCCAUCCCGACCUCCCAUCAAAUACAAAAAGCUCUUGAUACUAUUAAAUUCCGUCGAGGCUUUACUUGGAAAUAUAUUAAUGCUAAACACAUACUUGUGCAAUUUGAGGACAUUGCGGACUAUGCUCGGCUUCUUAGUGGCCCUAAAGGCACCCCGGUGUGGUACAUCGACCGACACCCGAUGCGAGUAUUAAAAUGGUCACCUGAUUUUGAUGCAUAUUGUGAAUCCCCUAUUGCGGCAAUAUGGUGCAACUUAAUUGGCCUACCCAUACACCUCUUCGACCAAUCGGCGCUAUUUGCCAUUGGUAAGCUCCUAGGUACGACAUUUCAAGUAGACCGAGCCACGGCCAACAAGUCACGCUUAUCCUUCGCAAGGAUUUGCAUCGAGAUUGACAUCACGAAACCGCCACCAGAGGAGAUUAGCUUGGAUAUUUGUGGACAUGAAGUGGUGCAACAAGUGAAAUGGGAUAAAAUACCGUCCUACUGUGGGGAGUGUAAGCACGUGGGACACAAGAGUGAGGUGUGUUAUGCGGCAAGGCCAUCGGAACGCCCCCCCUAA